UGUCACUUUUUGACAGUUCAGUCGUUCAUCGCCGACGGCAGCAGUAAACACUUUUUCGCGAAGAAAAUUUAUAUUUUAAUAUUCUACUAGUUAUAUCUAAAUUUUCUCGACCAAAGACAGGCAAAUGUUAUGCUUGCUAACAUGAGCACUUUUCAUGCAAAAAUAGAAAACAUUUGCAGGCUUUGCUUGUCCGGCGAUGACAACUUGGAAUCUAUUUUUGGUGAUAGUGGAAGUGAACUGCUGCAGACUUUAAUUUAUGACUGCACAACGGUGAAGGUUUACCAAAAGAUGGGAUAUCCAACCGCGAUAUGUGUUUCAUGUAGGUCUAAAGUAGAAGGAUUCCAUCAAUUCCGCGAGCAGUGUAUUCAAAACGAUGAAUAUCUACGAUCGACCUUCCUCGAGCCGGAAGUAGUGAUCAAAACCGAGCCUGAUAUUAUAAUCGGUCCUACAGGCGACGAGGAAGAUGAAGAUGAUGAUGACGAUAUCAAUGAAGCUGAUAUUGAAGAAUGGGAUGAGUCUGAGUCAAACGACGUCUCAGAAGAUAUGCAAAUUGAUACUAGUUCCAAUGGUGUAGAAAUUCCUAUCCAGACAAGACUAUUUACACCCAAUGAAAUUGAUUUCAGCCGUCACGCAAGCUUAGUUCCUCUGUUAAAAUGUGAAUUUUGUUCAGCUGAAUUCGCUAUUUUGGAACAGCUGGAAAAACACAUCACUAGUCACAAAGAAGAGAAAAUCUUCAAAUGUUUUUACUGUCCAAAGACAUUUCAUUUCGCGAAAAAUUUAAACAUGCACGUGGAAUACAUUCAUUCGAAGGUGAAAUACGCACAGAGAUCAACGAUCAAAGCCACUUCCAUUUCACCGAAUCGACGGGAUCGAAAUGAGACGAGUACGAGCCUAAUGGCUAGUCCAAGUGGCGUAAAUAUUAAUAACAACAUUAUUAACAGUCGGAAUGAAAAAUCAAUGCAAGUUCAGUCCCCAGUAAAUUCGAAUCGUGGACCACCCAAUCGGAUUAGUAACCACGAAUGUCAUGUUUGCCACAAAUCAUUCAGUGAUCUCCGCCAACACAUGCUCCUGCACGACGGUGAAAAGCCAUACAAAUGUGAUAUCUGUUCCAAAUCAUUUUUCAACGCAUCUACGCUGAAAACCCAUUAUCGAGUGCAUAGCGACGAGAAUCCGUUCCGCUGCACCACUUGUACCAAAGUUUUCGACAACGCUCGCAGCCUGGAACUUCACUACCGCACACACACUGGUGAACGACCAUAUUGCUGCGAUGUAUGCUUGAAAAAGUUCUCUUGCUCUUCCAAUUUAAAGCGCCAUCGAAAGUUACAUGAUAGAGAGUAAAAAAUGAUGCAAAUUAGAGCAACGUCCUUUUUUAAGGAAACAAAAUGUGUAUAUUACAGGCACCCGUGUAACUAGCAGCUAAAAGUCAUCUGCAUUUAAUCCGAUAGAUUUUCGAAGAGAAGUUUGUGCAUUUCUGCGUCAUUUAAUUACUAUACUCUUUUGGUCACUAUUUUAUGCGAAGAUCGGAUUGAGUAAGAGCUUGAGAUUUGAUCUUUUUUUUUAGCAAAACAAAACAGGAACAUAUGAAAUCGCACUAUACUGUAGAAAUAUAUUUAGUAAACAUCUGCGAUGGUAUAUUAAGCCAAGUGAAUUGUCUAAGUCAUUAUAUUUAUGUAGUUAUUUAUUAUCUAGUCGUUAUAGAAUCGAAACCGUUAAGUUGAAAACAUGUUAGUAUGUAUCGUUGAGCUUUAUGUUAAAAUGAUUAAACCAAAUUUUGCAAUACAACAAUACCUAAGUCAAAUGAACACACAUGUUGUACAUAGAAAAAAUAAAAUAAAUUAUCGAACUUAA